GAGAAUCUAUUACACCGAUUAGAGAUUUCAUGGUUGUUGAAUCUGAAGAAGCAAUACCAAUUCCUAUGGGUAUUGAUGAAGAAGAAGAUGAUUCGCUUGCGUUGGAAUUGAUUCCUCCAUUUUUCUUUGUCGACAAUGAAGAAGUUGAUUCUCUAGAGGAUUUGAUUCCUUCAUUUUUAUUCGAUGAAUCUUCGGAUUUAGAGUUGAUUCCUUCUUAUUUCUUUGAAGAAGAUGAUGAUUCUAUCCAAUUGGAUUUAAUUCCUCAAUUAUUGUUUGUUGAAAACGAAGAUGUUGGUUCACUUAAUGGUGUGCGAUCCCAUUCUAAGGAAGCUGUUACACCAGAGAUGAACUUCUCCGAGUUGAAUCAAAUCAAAAGUGAUGAGGUAUAUGGUUCUGCCCUGGAUUUUCAAUCCAAUAAGUUUGAGAUAACUUUCGAAAAUUCUGAAUACUUGAAGAAGUUGUUCUUUCAUCACAACAAGUUACUCUCUCUGGAUUGUUUUUCUCUCUAUCCUGAUGAUACUCCAUGCUUAUUUGAUCGAGGCAUUCGAACUCCGUAUGUGGACUUCUUGUUUUGUGGAAUGGGAGUUUGAAAUUGGGUUUGUCUCUGCCAUGGGUGGGAAAUUAAUGGUACCCACAGGUGAAGUGGACAUUUAUGUGGCUGUAUAUGAACAUUUAAAGGAUGAUGGAUGGGCAGCAUUCAUUCUGGUGACGAUGGUGCCAGUUUCUCUUACAACUAUUUCAUCUCAUUUUCCUGGCCAAGGUGGACAAUUACAUAGGACUGCACCAAGACCAUUUCAAAUUACUGUUGUUGCUGUCCCUUUUUUCAUAGUACUUCCAGAUGUGGUGCUUGUUAGUGUAUACUUCACACUCAGGUGGGUUUUGAGAGUUUGUAUGUGAGAAUGGGUUUUCUUGAGGUGUGUCUUGGCAGUAAAUGGUGAGGCUCAGCUGGCUUGUCUACCGGUGCACAUUUCUGUAUAUUUCGUUGUUGCAGUAAUUGUGAAGCUACAGGAUGCUUUCUCUUAUUUUGAUGCGCAAAGUGGAUGGAUGUAUGGAAGUAAUUGUGACUCCAUUUUUGUAGUUCUUCCUCCAUACCACAACAGCACAGACAAUACCGAGGUUUUAAGGACUGUUGGCAUGAAUACUUAUCCAUCUAGAGGUGUUGCUGAUUAUAGGGCUGCAGUUUACCAUGGACAACACAACACAACCAGGUUCAGGUCAACGAUAGACUUUACAACAAGAACUCCUUCCUUGUGGUCAUUUUCCUUUGCCAUUUGUGUGGCAGACAGCGGACGUGUCUCACGGCUACUUCUCUGAAGAUGUACCUACAUAAGAGAAGAGGGUGUCCCUGGAAACUCAGUUCACAUCCUUGAGGACAAGGAUGUUUCCAAGGAGCGGGGAUUGUCAUGUACUAAGAGAAGAGGGUGUCCCUUAUCAUAAUCCUGGUGGUAGUUAGCCUUUAAUAUUAAUUGUUAAUUAGUAGUUUAAUUAGAGUUAAUUAGAAGUAUAAUGGAUGGUUGAGAUGUAACCAUCUGUGUGGCUUAGGAUCGUUAUCUAGUAGGGAGACCUAACUAAUGUAUAUAUACGGAGAGUCUGUAAUCAAACUAUUUAAGCAAAUUAUAAUGAA